UCUCUAUUUGUGUCAUUAAAGAAGAUUGACAAAAAUGGGGACGAAGGUGAGAACACUGUUUUUGUUAAGGGUGGCAAAAAGGGUCAGACUUGUCAGGCUAGCCCGUUUAAGUAGCGAGUGUGUAAAAACUGAAAAAACAUUGUUUGCUAUUUAAAGUAUGAACUCAUUUUGUACUUCAAUUAGCGAACUACCUUAUUUUGAAUGAAACACUCAUGUUAAAACGUGAAAUGAAAAUAUUUUGAAUGAAACACUUGAGUGGUUGAAAAAGUAAAACAGAGGUUUCAAUUUCUAUAAAUGGUGAUCUCAAUUUCUAUCUAUCUAGUGAUAAAUAGCAGACACGUGGCUAAGAAAAAACCAAUGACUCAGCUUUAUGAUUUGAAUUAAAAAUAAAGAAAAUGAAAAGUUUGUUCUGCAUCUAGUCUAGUCUGUUGGCAUUUUGACUUGUUCACCGUAUUUAAUUUGGAUGCGCGGCGAUGGAGAAAGAGAAAGAGAAAGAAAUGGGUUGCGUGACUUUGAUGCACGGCUGUGUAAUCAUAACGAUGGACGGGGAGCAACGUGUGUUUAAGGAAGGAGGUAUUGUUAUUGAAAAAGAUCAAAUCAAAGCAAUCGGACAUUCCCAACAGAUUCUUUCUGACUUCUCUCACGUCGCUGACCAACUUAUUGAUCUCAACGGCCAUAUAUUGCUCCUGGGACUCAUCAACACACAUGUACACAGUUCCCAACAACUUGCCAGAGGUAUUGCCGAUGACGUUGACUUAAUCACAUGGUUGCACCACCGCAUUUGGCCUUACGAAUCUAACAUGACAGAACAAGAUUCCUACCUCUCUACUUUGCUAUGUGGUAUCGAACUCAUUCACUCCGGUGUAACCUGUUUUGCUGAAGCUGGAGGACAACACGUUUCUGGAAUGGCCACAGCAGUCCAAUUGCUUGGUUUGCGUGCUUGUUUAGCACAGUCAACUAUGGAUUCUGGUCACGGUUUGCCCUCUUCCUGGUCUGCUCUAACUACUCAUGAUUGUAUUCAGUCUCAAAAGGACAAUUAUCACAAGUACAACAAUACUGCCCAAGGUCGCAUCAGAAUCUGGUUUGGAAUUAGACAAAUCAUCAACUCCACUCAUCACCUGCUUCUUCAAACCAGAGAUGCUGCUGCACAACUCAAAACCGGAAUACACAUGCACGUUGCAGAGAUACCCUAUGAGAACCAACUAGUCGCAGAUGUUCACAAAGUUAAUCAUGGAACUGUUACAUACUUGGACAAGAUAGAGUUCCUUCAAAAUAAUCUGUUAGCAGCUCACUCAGUUUGGGUGGAUGAUAAUGAGAUAUCUCUUCUUUCAAAGGCAGGGGUCAAAGUGUCUCACUGUCCAGCUGCUGCUAUGCGAAUGCUUGGAUUUGCACCCGUAAAGGAGAUGCUUGAGGCUGGUAUCUGUGUCUCCUUGGGAACUGAUGGGGCCCCAUCAAACAAUCGCAUGAACAUCGUUGAUGAAAUGUACCUAGCUUCUCUAAUUAACAAAGGACGGGAAGUUUAUGCAAAUGGAACUACAGAUCCAACAGCGCUGUCUGCCGAAACUAUUCUUAGAAUGGUUACAGUAAAUGGUGCAAAGUCGGUACUAUGGGACGAUGAACUAGGUUCUCUUGAGGUUGGGAAAAAGGCUGACAUUGUUGUUGUCAAUCCUUCCUCUUGGUCUAUGGUUCCUGUUCAUGACUGCAUCUCCAACAUAGUGUAUUGCAUGCGAACCGAAAAUGUGGUUUCUGUCAUGUGCAAUGGUCUGUGGAUAAUGAAGAACAAAAAGAUUAUCAACGUGGAUGAGGAAGAAGUUAUUUUGAAAGCAAAACAGGCUUCUUCUGAACUUCUGAAGCGGGCAGGCAUAAAAUUACCAACUAGAAUGAACGUCAUUUGAUUGUUGUUUCGCAAACAGUGUCUAUGAUAAGGAAUAAAUGUAAUGGUUCGAAUUCCAUAGCUAAUAUAGAUAGUAUUAUCUAUAAUCUAUCCUCCCGAGGAGAAGUUUGGUUUCAAAUCCUGGUUCAAACAGGAGUCAAUUUUUUUUUAGGGAUUCUGAAAGAUGGGAUUGUAUCUAGGAGGUGUCAUCUGUUGUUUUAUGCUGCCUGUGCAUAUGACUUUUGGCUGUUUUUUUGCAUUGCAUGGGCUGCUGAUGAGCAUGAAGCAGCUCAAGGGUGAUGGGGCCAUUGGUUCCUGGCUCGGUGUAGUGCGGGAAAGUAGAAUAGGUCUCCUACGGUGGGAGACCAAUUUUUUUACAAGUGUAUCGUACUUCUGCAUGUACCAUAUCAUUUACUCUUCUUCUUUUAUUUUUAUUUUGUUUUGAAUAAACCAUAUCAUUUACUCUAACUGGGAAAUACUUUGUUGUCUCUAUAUUCUGAUCCACCAUAGUUACCUCACUCUCCAAAAUCAAAAGCACAAGUAAGAUUGCAGAGUGAUUUUUA